UACAGCUUACGAAAAAAAUAUUCUGAGCUUCGUGUUUAAUUUAAAAUCAGAACGUUUUGUGUUUCUUCUUAGAAUGGUACUCUUAAAAAUGAAAGCUUGUAUCGGUAUUGAAGCAAUCCUAUUUUUACUUUGCAUUAAUGAAGAAUUUAGAUUCAGCUUGACUAGUAGUACACCUUGUGCUCUUCGUGACACAGCUUACGGAAAUGUAUGCGUCUGCAAUACGACUUAUUGUGAUUUCCUGGAACCAGUUAGUCCUGCAAGUGAAGAUAGCAUUGUGGUUACCUCCUCAAGCAAGGCUGGUCUUAGGUUUGCCACAAAAUUGGGACAGUUUUCAGAUCAAAAAAUAAUGAUAAAUGAUUUGAACGAACGCAGUGAAGAAAACACAACAUCAAUGAUAUCGAUCGAAUUAGAAGCUUCAAAACGCGUCACGAAAAUUCAAAUUGAUCGAAGUAAGAAAUAUCAAAAAAUUGUUGGUUUUGGAGGAGCAUUUACUGGUGCAGUGUCUUAUAAUUUAAAGAAUCUACCCCAGGAACUACAAGAUGCAGUUUACGAAUCAUAUUUCUCAAAGAAAGGAAUUGGAUACACUAUGAUUCGUAUGCCAAUUGGAGGUACUGACUUUGAUUUAGAACCUUGGGCAUAUAACGAAGAACCAGAAGAUGAUAAAGAUUUAUCAAAUUUCACCAAAUUAAAUGAUCUUGAUGAAGAAAAGAUUAAACAAAUCGAAAGGCUUAAAUCAGUUGCAAAUAUUGAACAUAUAAAAAUUCUUAGUUCUGCUUGGAGUCCACCGAAAUGGAUGAAAACUGUACACUCGUGGAAUGGAUUUAGUUUUCUUGAGGAAAAAUAUUAUCAAACCUGGGCUCUUUAUCAUCUCAAGUUCAUUGAACUAAUGGCAGAACAAAAUAUGCCAAUUUGGGCCAUUACAACCGGCAACGAGCCAUUGAAUGCCAUUUUCAUGACUCAUGUCAUAAAAUUUUUGUCACUCGGAUGGACCCCGAACAGCCAAUCAAUUUGGCUGGCAGAUAAUUUAGGACCAACCAUAAAACAUUCAAAAUUCAAAGAUGUCAAAAUUUUCUGCAACGAUGGUCAAACAUACACCUACCCGUUUUGGUUUGUAUUGAUGAAUGCAACGCGAACAGAAUCUUUAGACUUUUUGGAUGGAUUAGCGGUGCAUUGGUAUUUCGAUGAAUAUUAUGGACCCAAUUUGAUUGAGGAAACUCAUAAAAUGAUGCCUGAUAAAAUUAUAAUUAAUACAGAAGCUACAAUUAUGGGCAAGCCUAAAUUGGGUUCAUGGGAUGAUGCAGAACAAUAUAUAACUAAUUACAUGAAAGACCUUAAGCAUUCGUUUAAUGGAUACAUCGAUUGGAAUAUGAUUUUGAAUGAAGAAGGUGGACCGACUUAUAUUAAAAAUUAUUUACACGCUGCUAUUAUCGCCAAUGAAACAAGCGGUCAGGAGAUAUACAAACAACCAAUCUUCUAUGCCAUCGGUCAUUUCUCGAAGUUCCUUCCCGAAGGAUCGAUAAGGAUAGAUGCUAAACAUUCAAAUAAGGACCUUGAUUGCGCUUCGUUUGAACGUCCUGAUGGAAGAAUUGCUUUAAUCCUCUCCAAUAGUGCCCAAGAAGAAGCCAUCGUUAAUCUGGCCGAUAGUGUCCGCGGAGAUGUUGAGAUCACAAUUCCGCCAAAAUCAUUGCAUACGAUUGAAUAUAAUUAGAAUCAUUUUUGAAGGAGGGAGGCGUCUUUGUGCGUCUACGAAGAGCAUGGGUACCAUUUUUGACGUAAAUAUAAUUAUUAUGCUGAUGUGGUAGUGCAUUAAAUUUUCUUCAUAAAUAUUCCAACGAUAUCGCCGACGACGACAAAAUGGUGACUGUUGUGUUUUGGUUUCUUCGUAAAAGAUAUAAAAUGUAACAAUAUUUUAUGACCAUCACCUAAAUUAAGUGUAAUUGUGCGUCGUAAAAAUGUAAAUUUAUUCAUGGCGCAGCGUGUAUAUUAUUCAA